GCGCCUGCGCAGUGGGGAGCGACGUUGGUGCUUAUGCAGGGACCGAGCAGCAGAAGCCGGAGCCGCCGCCGUCUGAGCCACGAUCGCCGGCACUGUCAUCUGGGAUGACGGAGGAUCGGGCCGCUGCUGCAGCCAAGAAGACUUCCAGCUGUCCCAGUAUUGAGCAAAUGCUGGCCUCAAACCCUGGGAAGACGCCUAUUAGUUUACUGCAGGAGUAUGGAACAAGGAUUGGAAAGACACCGGUGUAUGACUUGCUGAAAGCUGAGGGCCAAGCCCACCAACCCAAUUUCACUUUCCGAGUGACAGUCGGAGAGAUUAACUGCACAGGUCAGGGGCCUAGCAAAAAGGCAGCAAAGCACAAGGCAGCGGAAGCUGCCCUGAAAUUACUAAAGGGAGGAAACAUGUUGGAGCCCAUGUUGGAUGGAGUCAAGAUCUCUGGCACUGAAUCCAAAAGCUCUAGCUCUGCUCAGCUGGCGGAAUGCAACCCUGUAGGGGCUUUACAGGAGCUGGUGGUUCAGAAAGGAUGGAGACUUCCGGAAUAUACGGUCACUCAGGAAUCUGGUCCUGCCCACCGGAAGGAGUUCACCAUGACUUGCAGGGUCGAAAGAUUCUUGGAGAUAGGGAGUGGGACGUCGAAAAAGCUGGCCAAGCGCAACGCUGCCGCAAAGAUGUUAGCAAGAAUCCACGAUGUCCCUGUGGAUCAGAGGGACGGGAACGAAGUCGAGCCAGAAGAUGACCAGUUUUCCAUUAUGGUUGGUAACAAGCUGGAUGGGCCGAAGGGCAAGAGCGCAGGUUGCACGUGGGAUUCGCUCCGGAAUUCUGCAGGGGAACGAAUUCUUCACCUCAAGAGCAACCCACUUGGUGUUUCCAACUCCAAUUUUUGCCAGAUGUUGAGGGAAUUGGCCGAGGAGCAGCGGUUCGACGUCAGUUACUUAGAUAUCGAAGAGUUGAGCUUGAGUGGCCUGUACCAGUGUCUUGUGGAGCUAUCAACGCAGCCCACCACCGUCUGCCACGGCUCUGGCUCAACAAGGGAUGGUGCCCGUGCCAAUGCAGCCCACAAUGCACUGCAAUAUCUGAAAAUCAUGGCUGGAGGAAAGUGAGCCCAGUGGAGAACAAUGAUCACUCCUCAGUCUGACCAGCACUGUUUUAAUUCCCUCCCAAACUGACAUGUUUUUUAAAACUAACAGCUUGAAUUUCCCAAGUUGUGUACUUGAUUGGAAGUCGAGGUUUCUUACGGUGGUGCCUUUUUAUUUUUUUUGUGUGGGGUCGGGGGGGUGGGGGGAAGGUUUGGUGAUGGGUCAGUGAUGCAAGGCAGGACAGAAGGAAUCUGAAAGUUUAUGUUGAUUCUUUGUUUCCCAAAGUGUUGCUCUCCCAUGUUGUCCACCUCUAAUUUGCUGGAUGGUCAACAUGACACUGCUGUUGGCAAGUACACUCUUGCCCUUGAGUCUCACUCAAACUGGUAGUUAGAAGCCUACUGUGAUUGUGAAUAGUGUCCCUGGCACUACUAACCAUAGUUCGAGUGGAAUUGCUGCAGUGGUGAUGGCCAUCUGAUGUUCUUUUAACUUAAUUUCUCACAAUAUAUGGCAUAUUAAUAUCUCGCAAGUGAGUUUGGGACGUUCACUUGAUCUCCUUCCAAUUGUCAGGGUCACUCAGCACCCUACUGAAAAAUGGGUGUUUGUUAUCCCAGCAUGAUGUGCUAGUAAUCCCAUAACGUUGCAUUGUGUGUCUGUCCAUUUCUCUUCUUGGCCAAGUUGCCUGAGCAGGGACAAGGCACUGGAUAGAGGGCGAGGUCCUUGUCUGCUUCUGUCCACUUGACACAAAGUAGCAUUACGAAGCCUCCUAUGAGGAGGCUGGCCAACUGUGAAGGCUGGAGAAAGUGUGUGUAUAUAAACAGUGUUUAAAGGUUAAAAAAUGAAUGAUAAUUUUUUGUUUUUGUCAAGUAUCAUGAAGUUUCAUUUGAAAUAAGUUAUUGAUUUUUUUUGAUACAAUGUGCUUUCCAGGCCUAGAACUCCAGUUACAAUAAUUACUGUACCAAAACUUGCAAGUGUUCUGUACUAACACUAAAGGCAGCUGUCUACUUCCCUUAAAUUGUGAUCACCUUUUUGUAGUUACAACAAAUGCCAGGUUUAAUGAUCCUGGCAUCUUUAAGAGGGAAUCCAUUUUGGAUGCACACCCCUUGAUAUAAUUAUAGAUUGCAGUUGUCUGCAAUGAAAUGUAGGUUCUUUUCUUUUAGUGCACUCGGGGCUCCUCCAUUUUAACAAAAAAAUGUUGGCAUUUGUACAACAUCUUUCACGACUUUAGUGCAUUCCAAAAUGCUUUGCACCAAGAAAAGUACUUCUGAAGUGUAGUCACUGUUGUCAUAGAUUCCUUGGGCUCUAUGUAUUGUCCAAUGUGGCUCUAAAGCAGGUGUGCGGGAGUUGCACCUUGGCUUGUACUGAGGUAGAUGAUCUCAGCAUGGGCCUUAGUGUUGCUACGAUUGGAGGGAUGAAGAAAGUGAACUUUUGUUUUUGCUUUUGAUUGCUAUCAAGUGACCUUUUGUAGAAAAUGUACCUGUAUGGAAAUCAGGCAGUGGCAGUACUUGACGAACUGUCAUGUCUGUCACCCUGACCUCGCUUAGUGACACGAGUCUCAGCGCUGGUGGGGAGACUCAAACCCUGUGCCCGAGCAGAGAGGAUGUAACUUCUGGAAGGGUGGGGUUAAAGAGAGAGGCAUGUAAAACAGGGAGACCCCAUGACACAAUAGAUGCUUCACUCCCAAGUUCCAGGCUCAUUCAGCCCAGUCCAGGAGAAGAGGUUUCAGUUUACUCGCUGGGAGGGCUCAAUGGCAAAUGGCAAUCAACUGAUCGCAGAUGUAAACUUUGUGGCAAAACUGUGGCAGACUCCAUUUAAGGCGAUUGCAAAGACUGGUGUGAAGUGUUGGGGAUUGGGGUGAGGCAAAGAAUUGCUUGAUCGCUCCCCUGGUGUAAAUACGUACAUUUAUAUAGAAAGAAAAUCAUGUUUACAAUGUUGCUGAAUGUAGUGAUUCUUCCCAGUGUUGGGAUGGAACAGAGGGCAUAUGUGGCUCUCCAUCUGAUAGAAAGUGGCCCACUCCUCUACACCUCAUAAUGAGCGCACAAUUCACAUGGCAAAUGUGAUUUCAGUUAAAGCAUUGUACAGAGGCUUUUCACGGAGUUGGCAGAAUAUUAAAGAAAACUUUUGAUAAUUAUUAAAGAAAAUGAAUAUUUCUUUUCAUUGAUAGCAAAUCAAAAUGUUGCAUCCAGGUUCCCAAUUUUCUUUUUAAAUGUUUUCAGUAUUUAUGCGUACAAUCUGUUGUCUGGUUGUUCUUUUGUAAGUCGAAUUAGUGCCCUUUUUUUUUCAGAAGUGGUGCUCUUUCAGCUCUCUCCAGUGCUUUGCACGUAUUUGAGUCUGGAAAAGCCACAAAGGAACUGUUUAGAGAAAAGACCAUUUCUACUUGAAAAGGAUAACAAAUGUCAGAAAUACUCUCAACUGUUCUGUCAGGACCUGUAGAGCAAAAAGGCAACUUAAUGUUUCAAGUGCAUUUGUAACUUCUUUUGUAUUUAAACACUCAAAAAAAAUCUGCCCAACUUGAGUGAAUAAACAUGUAAAUUAUUCAUA